CACGUCGCGUACGCCUUGCAAAACCCUACAAACCUUAUUAGGAGAACCAAAAACCUCUUACGUGGAAGAAGAUAAUACUUGUAAAUUUAACUUUCUGGAGACGUACGCAAUAAUCUAAUUCUUGUGACAAUGUCGUUCAGCCACGCGACAUUGUAUUCGUUAUAACUAAUGAAUGCGUUGAUGAUUAAAGCAGUGAUUAACUUCCUCACGUAGCAAUAGAAAUCUUUUAUUCAAGCGUAACCUUGCUCGCCUAGAUUGUCUUCUGAUAUUGGCAAAAACAGCCCUUAUGGUUGUGAUCGGUAAUUGUUUUAGAUAUAUUAGCCUACUGUCUCGAGGUUGUUGAUUUCAUGCUGAUAUGCCGAAGACUAUCUUGUCGAAGUGAUGUUUUGGGUAGAUUUUGUGACCAUGUAUAUGAUACUCGUUGAUUGCUGGUGUUCCUGUUUAAUUUGGCAUUGCGUAUCUUGAGCUGGAUUGCAUAAGCAUUAGAAAGCUACUAAAACAUGCGAGACUUGUACAUUUACAAUAAUACAUACUUAUUCACAAUCAUUUCACGAUGCUUUCUAGACCCGUUAUUCAGAUGAUGAUUUUCUGCUGAAUUUUUAAUGAACCUCUCCCGGCUAUUAUUCUUCUUUCUGAUUUCAAGGAAGAGAUUUGGAAGAUAUGCACACUGAUGGUUUUUUUAGGUGCAUCGUUUAUCAGGUAUUUACUUCAGGGAUCCUCUCCAGUUAGAUUGAAGAGCUGUAAUUGGCGCUUAACAAAGUUUGAGACGAGACUUCUACCCACAACCAUGUCUAGUAGUCCUCGGCCGUCGGAGGAUGGGGAGGAACCUGUUAGUUCGAGGACUUCGCCCAUCAGGCCGCUGCUCGACCUUAGCGGGGCUGCCAUUCAGGGUUCUCGGGAGGACAAGAAUCCUAGCAUUGUGCUUCCGAAUCAGAGCGAAGAGAUUUCGCAUUUUGCCGUUGACUUGGGAGGAUCUUUGAUCAAGCUCGUGUAUUUCUCCCGUCGUGCAGAUCGAGAGACGACCAAUUCUGGUAACAGGGCAUUGUCACCUGUGAGGAAAUUGGACCACUUGAAGCGGGGUGGAUUUGAGGCCGAAUUGCGACGGUAUGGGGGUUUUCCGAUCCUUGGAGGGAGGUUACAUUUUGUGAAAUUUGAGACUAGUAAGGUGAACGAUUGUUUGGACUUCAUUCAGUCGAAGCGGCUGCAUUUGUGUAAAGCUGGGGGUGCAAAAGAUGGUGUUAUUAAGGCAACGGGAGGGGGAGCAUUUAAGUUUGCGGACAUGUUCAAGGAGCGGCUAGGGGCUACCAUCGACAAGGAGGAUGAGAUGGGAUGCUUGGUUGCGGGUGCAAAUUUUUUGUUGCGUGCUAUAAGGGACGAAGCUUUUACUCACCUCGAAGGGGAGAAGAAGUUUGUGCAAAUCGAUCAUAAUGAUCUGUAUCCCUACUUGUUGGUGAAUAUAGGUUCGGGUGUGAGUAUGAUCAAGGUGGAUGGCGACGGACAGUAUGAAAGGGUCAGUGGAACGAAUGUUGGUGGUGGCACAUUCUGGGGCCUUGGCCGAUUGCUUACCAAGUCUAAGAGCUUCGACGAACUCUUAGAAAUCAGUCAGGGUGGUGAUAAUAGCGCAAUCGACAUGCUGGUGGGGGAUAUUUACGGUGGCCUUGAUUACUCGAAGAUUGGCCUGUCAGCGUCCACCAUAGCGUCGAGCUUUGGGAAGGUAAUUGGUCAAGACAAGCCUUUGUCUGAAUACAGGAGAGAGGACAUUGCGCUCUCACUUCUACGGAUGAUUUCAUACAAUAUUGGGCAGGUUGCAUACUUGAAUGCUCUACGAUAUGGAUUGAAGCGUAUCUUUUUUGGUGGCUUCUUCAUCAGGGGACAUGCAUAUACUAUGGAUACCAUGUCGUUUGCUAUACGAUAUUGGUCCAAAGGCGAAGCUCAAGCCAUGUUUCUGCGCCAUGAAGGCUUUCUAGGCGCGUUGGGGGCAUUCUUGAACUAUGACAAGCACGGAUUAUCCAAUCUGACCGCUCAUCAGUGUGUUGAAAGAUUUCCAAUGGGAGCUCCAUAUGCGAGAGGGGAGGUAUACGGGCCUCCUAUUCGUGACCUCAAUGGGAAAAUCACUUGGAUGGACAAGUUUGUAAGUAAAGGAAAUGAAAUCACGGCUCCUGUUCCAACAUCAUACCCUGGAACAACGGGUCUUGGAGGAUUUGAGCGACCUCUUGCACGUUCCUGCUCUCUUCGUUCGGAUGCAAGCGCAGCUCUGAAUGUUGGAGUACUUCAUCUUGUACCCUCGCUUGAGCCUUUUCCUCUUUUAGCUGAUAUCCAGAGCUAUGAGCCAAAUACCGUUGAUCUAAGUGACCAGUCAGAGCGUGAGUAUUGGCUUAAGAUUCUUUCCAGCAAUCUUUCUGAUCUUGUUGAGAAGGCUGUGGCAAGCGAAGGCGGCACUCCGGAUGUAAUAAGGCGAGGCGAUGCCUUUGCUCGUGCGUUCAAGGCGCAUUUAGCCAGAUUGCGCGAGGAACCAGCAGCAUAUGGACAGCUGGGGUUAGCCAACCUCUUAGAGAUGCGAGAAGAAUGCUUACGGGAGUUUCACUUCCAGGACGUCUAUUUAGCCAUCAAACAACGAGAAAACGAGGCCUCGAUGGUCGUAUUGCCAGAUCUGUUAGCGGAGCUUGAUAGCCUUGAGCCCUCUGCAAGGCUCCUAGCGCUGAUUGAGGGCGUUUUAGCAGCAAACAUUUUCGACUGGGGUUCUCGUGCAUGCGUAGAACUUUAUCGCAGCGGGACGAUUCUUGAAAUAUAUAGAAUGAGCCGAAAUAAAAUGAGAAGGCCAUGGCGAGUGGAUGAUUUUGAUUCCUUUUGUGAUAGGAUGCGUGUGAACGAAAUUACAGGAAUUCCGCUUAAACCCCAUAAACGUGCACUCUUGUUUGUGGAUAACUCAGGAGCUGACAUUGUCCUCGGGAUGAUCCCUUUAGCCCGGGAGCUUCUCAUGAGAGGGACUGAGGUUGUGUUGGUGGCAAAUUCUCUUCCUACCAUUAACGAUGUUACAGCCGUGGAGCUGCCGAGCAUUAUUGCGGCUGCUGCUAAGCACUGUGAAAUUCUACGAAAAGCUGCUACUGCUGGUGGCCUUCUAGUGGACGUGGUUGAUGACGAUUUGACUGAGAAGGAUCAAGCCGAAGUUCCUUUCUUGACUGUCGUCGAAAAUGGCUGUGGGAGCCCGUGCAUUGAUUUUCGACAGGUCAGCUCAGAGCUAGCCUCCUUGGCCGAUGAUACAGAUCUGGUCGUGUUGGAGGGCAUGGGCCGGGCACUACAUACGAAUUUUAAUGCCAAGUUCAAGUGUGAUGUCUUGAAGCUAGCUAUGGUGAAGAACCAACGGUUAGCGGAGCAAAUCAUCAAUGGAUCCAUCUAUGACUGUGUGUGUAGAUUUGAGCCAAAAGAGCAGUCUUGAGGCAUGGCUAGCCAUGACAGUCUUCUGCGCGAUUCUCCAGCAUUGAAUUCCCUUUGCGACGUCUUGGGAGAAGGUGUAAAAUAAUUUAGUGUAGGACUUGGUUUUAGUAUGCUCUAAUUUGUAGCCGGCAAGUUGAUUGUUGAUUCUGUACAGCUCCAAAUUGAAAUAAACCAUUCAUUUUGAUCA